UAUAUCAUUGCUUCAAUAUCUCAUCCUAGGUUUAAACUUUCAUGGAUACCUAGUCAAUAUUUAACUUACUGUAAAAAUGUAUUUUUGUCUGAAUGCACUUUGAUGAACUCAUUAACCAAUUCUGAUUUUAAUUCCAUUGAAAAUGAUUCUGCUGGCAGUGAUGAAGAAUUUUAUGGUAUUUUAACUCAAAGUAAAUAUUCCUGUGAUUGUUCGGCUGCCGACAGUGUACAAUUAAAUGUAGAUAAUACUAAUACAGCAACUGUACAAGCACUAUCUUAUUUAGAUUCCAAAAAUAAAGACCUGAACAUGUUAAACACAUUUGCAGUAGUCAAAAAAGUCUUUUUUAAGUAUAAUACCACUCUCCCAUCUUCUGCACCAGUAGAAAGACUAUUUAGUUCUGGAUCUCAAAUAUUAACCCCAAGAAGAAACAGGCUUCAAGAUAAGACUUUUGAAAUGUUACUGUGUUAUAAAUUUUUAGUUAUCUUUGCGCAACACUGGUUGUUCCAGAGAGAGAGCCAAGUGUUGGUGGAGUGUUGUUUUAACAGAGGUAUGAAGUUUGAAUGUGGGAGUAGGGAAAAAGAAGGAAAGAUGAGAUUGGAUGAAGAUUUAGCGAGAUGGUCUGCAACUUCAUUACCAUGUAUACCUGUGUGA